CCACAUGGAAGGACCUCCAAAUCAAUGUUCGCAGCAAUAUCCCUGCAAAAAGCAUGUUCCUUUCUAAUGUCGAGUUCGACGACCCCGAGCAGCUGUACUCACUCUUAAAACACUUUCCGCUGGUGAAGGACCUCACUAUGCAAGCCGUCUCUUUCCAAAAUCAUGAGUCAUCGAAUUCACCAAACGAUCUUAACCUUGAGAAACUCACACUAGGAGGAAGACCGGCGCCUCACUUUCUCUCCUCUUUCUGCAGUAUCGAUGCCCUUCGAGCGUUCCCCACUCUUCGAGAACUGCGAGUCCCUGGUCGCUGGCUCGAGGACUACUCCUAUAUAUUGUACACCUUGCGUGCCUGUACAUCCCUACGAAUCUUGCAUGUCACGUCACCCCAAAAUAUGAUCACGUGGAAAGUUAUACCACCUCUGGGACUGAACUACAUAGAGGAGCUGCGAUUCGGCACUGGUUUCAGAGCGUCGUCUAGGCGGUCAGGCGUGCGAGCUUUGCAAUGGUGGAUUGAUUCCUUUACAUAUGUGGAGGGCGUCGCACCUCUCCAGAAGGUCGUUUUAGAGAUCCACGGGAACAUCCUUCUUGGGAGCGAUAAAGAGGACCUAUGGUCCGAGCUAGACCGUGCAGUGACCCGUCCUCAAUUUUCUUCAUUGCAGACGUUCACGAUCAUCUUUCACCGCCUGGGGGGUCAUUCCUGCGGAGCGAAGGAUCUUAUCUGGGCAAAAUUUAUUGAAUUGCGAAACCGGGAAGUCUUGAAGGUCAUGGAGUGUCAGCUGCAGCUGGCCAUACAGAAUCUCCCUGAAUACAACCAUUGGGAGAUUUGAAUGGGAG